CUUGUCACUCUUCUCCAAUCUCUAUCCAAGACACCAUGGCGGGCUAUUUCUUCUCAUCGCCGAUAGACAUUGAUGUGAAACUGGAAGGAGAGGAUGUACGCAAGCUGGCAGAGACCAAAGGCGAAAAGGACAAGAUGAUUUCAUGUCCGGUAUAUUAUGACGGGGACACUGUGAGCGGUCAGAUAUCCAUCCGUACACGGGACGGCAAGAAGGUUCAACAUGAUGGUAUCAAGGUUGAAUUUGUUGGAAGCAUAGAGUUGUUUUAUGACCGAGGUCAUCAUCACGAAUUUCUGUCACUCUCUCAAGAGCUUGCAGCUCCAGGCGAAAUGCGUCAAGCGCAGACGUAUGAAUUUGGUUUUAAGAACGUAGAGAAGCAGUUCGAGAGUUAUCAGGGUAUCAAUGUCAAGUUAAGAUAUUUUAUACGCGUAACCAUAUCACGGCGGAUGGCAGACGUGGUGAAGGAGAGAGAUAUCUGGGUACACUCAUUUAGAAUGCCGCCAGACAGCAACAACUCAAUCAAAAUGGAGGUCGGCAUCGAAGAUUGCUUGCAUAUCGAGUUUGAAUACAACAAAUCCAAGUACCACUUGAAAGACGUCAUCGUAGGCAAGAUCUUCUUCCUACUUGUGCGAAUAAAAAUCAAGCAUAUGGAAUUGUCCAUUAUUCGAAGAGAAACCACCGGCGCUCCUCCAAAUCAGUACAACGAAAGUGAAACAAUAACCAAGUUCGAAAUUAUGGACGGUGCUCCUGUAAGAGGGGAAACUAUCCCCAUCCGCUUGUUCCUUGGUGGGUUUGAAUUGACACCAACCUUCCGCGACGUGAAUAAGAAGUUCAGCACACGAUACUACCUCAACCUGGUUCUCAUUGACGAAGAAAAUCGACGGUACUUCAAACAGCAGGAAAUCACUAUUUUCAGAAUACCAGAAACCCUAAAGUAG